AUGGGUAACGUUUUUGGAUCGAUUCUUUCUAAGCUAUGGGGCGGCAACAAGGAGGUGCGCAUAUUAAUACUGGGUCUUGAUGGCGCUGGUAAGACGACAAUUCUAUAUCGGCUACAAAUGGGAGAGGUUGUUUCUACAGUUCCAACUAUUGGAUUCAAUGUUGAGACCCUGACUUAUAAAAAUCUAAAGUUCAAUGUUUGGGAUGUUUCCGGACAAACAGCGUUACGACCGUUCUGGGUACUUUAUACAAACGAUACACAGGCGGUGAUAUUUGUUGUUGAUUCUACAGACAAGGCACGAAUUGAGUUGUGUGCUGAGGAACUUCAUACCAUGUUGGCUGAGGAGGAACUCAAGGAUGCAGCAUUACUUGUGUUUGCCAACAAGCAGGAUCAGCCUGGAGCACUGUCAGCAUCGGAGGUAUCGAAGGCAUUGAAGCUUGUUGAUCUUAAAGAUCGAAGCUGGAGUAUUAUGGGAUCGAGUGCGAUUACAGGAGAAGGGUUAAGUGAGGGAUUGGACUGGCUGGCCAAUGUGAUUAAAGAGGAGCAUAUGUAG